CGGGGGCGUGACAGAGUGGUAUCAGAGCUUAAGGUUAAGGUAUCCUAAGGUUUAUGAAUCCUAGGGUUUAGGCUCGAGUAAGCCUGAGUGGGGAAAAUCACUAAAUGCAUAAGAUAUUAAAUGGUGUGAUUAGCAUAUGAAGGAUGCGAAAUUUUCUUAAUCUGAUGAUCUUGAUGCUGGAAAAAUUGUGUAGGUUGAUAUGGCGCGAGGGCGUGGUCGAGGGCGUGCCCGAAAGCCGACCCGAUUUGCAGAUGGCUCCACGGCUUGGGCACCCUCUGGACAGCAGGAAGAUACCUCAUCCACGCCGACUCGGAGUGUGCCACAGCAGGAGCACACUAUGGACCCUACUGGUAGUACUCCAGAGAUGGGAGCUCCGGAGAUUGGGACAUCCGAAGGACCAAGUAUUCAGCAUGAGGAGACGAUAAGUGCUUCACAGUUGAUGCAAAUGAUGGUGCAACAGCAAGUUGCUGCCAGGGAAGACAUAAUGAGGAUGGUAGAGGUGCAGCAACAGUUCUUGCAGCAACAGUUGCAGCAGCAGCAAGCUAUGUAUCAACAACAGCAGCAACAACAGUUCCAAGGCACUACAGCUCAGCCGGAGCACCGAGUCAGUCUGUUGGAUUUUCAGAGGUAUGCACCCCCAGCAUUUAAAGGUACAGCUGACCCGAUGGAGGCUGUGAGCUGGCUGAAACAGAUGGAGAAAGUCUUUCAAGCUCUGAGGUGCCCUGAUGAGGAGAAAGUUCUUUUUGCCACAUUUAUGUUACAGGGUGAGGCAGCUGACUGGUGGGAGAUGGAGAAAGGGAAGCUUGGUCCGGAUGAUGCCCCCUUCAUUUGGGAGGAAUUUAAAAAGGUUUUUCAUGAGAAGUAUUUUCCCCAGGGUAUCCGAUUCCAAAAAUAUAGGGAGUUUGACCGACUGGAGCAGGGUGAUAUGACAGUUGCUCAGUAUGCAGCAAAGUUUGAAGAGAUGUCCCGAUAUGCUCCGACUUUGAUAUCAGAGGAAAGUGAUCGAGCAAGGAAAUUUGAAAAUGGGCUCAGGGGAAGGAUUCAACAACAAGUCGCUGCAUUUGAACUGUCCAGUUAUAAAGAUGUGGUUAACAAAGCCUUGGUGAUAGAAAAAGGGCUUGACAAUGCCCAGGCUGCCAGAGAAAAG